AUGGGAACGAAGCGCAGUUUCACCAACCCAAUUGUGCCUGGGUUCGCGCCAGACCCAUCGAUCGUGUUUGUCAAUGGAGUCUUCUUCAUGGUGACUUCAUCUUUUCACAUCUUUCCUGGGCUACCUAUCUACGCCUCAACAGAUCUUCAAGAAUGGAAGCACAUGGAUAAGUAG